AUGACUUCCGAUCCAUUGAAUACAGUAGCGCCUAAUAGUGAGACCACGCCAAAAAAGGAUAAUCAGAAAUCGGAUACUGUCCAUGUUGUCGAUCCCAACGGAGAUGUGACUCUUAUUCCCGGAAAAUGUGGCUAUGCCAUGAAGAUCCAAGUAUCUUCUCCACAUCUCACCCUGGCCUCACCGGUAUUCAAAGCGAUGCUCAGAGGAAACUUCGCAGAGGGGAAAGCUCUGGCAGAGACAGGAGCUAUUGAAUUGAUGCUUCCUGAUGACAACGGUGAAGCAAUGUUGAUCUUGAUGAACCUCAUUCAUGGAAAAUUUUUUAGCGUGCCAAAGGCCAUUACGAGAGGCCUUAUAGGCGAAAUAGCUAUUUUGGUGGACAAAUAUCAACUCCAUGAGGUUGUCCACUCCUACACUGAGACAUGGAUGUCUCCGCAGAACGGCAACCGGGCGAGUCCAGCGACAGAGUUUCGUACCAAUACAGAUUACUACAAAUUCUGCCUCGAGGUUGCCUUAAUUUUUGGCAGCGAAAAGGUUUUCCAGUUGGCAACAAGGAAGCUGAUUCUGCAAGCGCGAACACCCCAAAUUGGGAGUCGACUACCUGCCUCUUCUGCUGUCUUCGAAGAGAUCAACGCUCGUAGAGAACAGUUGAUCUCUAGCAUUCUCAAUGAGGUCGUUCAGAUGAAAAGCACUUACGACUGCUCCAAUGUGGUCAAAUGCACUGAGGAAUGUGACAUGAUGGUUCUGGGGGCCUUUUCAAUGGCACUGAACAAACUACACCAGCUAGCAUACGGAGAUACCGGAGAAAAAUUGAGGGAGGUGUCGGUAAAUGAUCUCUUUGAAGAGGUCAAAAAUUUGCGCAUCCCUUCAUUACAUUUUACUGCUGAAGGCAACUAUAGGCGUUUCGAGCGAGUCAACGCUUUUGAGUAUCAGGCUCCUGUCCCUAAGUGCGGCGCGCCGAAAAUCAAGCUAAUGGAAGCCGUUGCGAAGAUCAUGGACAGCGAGCAGGGACUAAAUGUGAGAAGCUACAAGAAAGUUUGA